AUGCAGUCUGCCUUGUUCAAUUUCCAGUCACUUCUCCUUGUGUUCCUGCUCAUCAUCUGCACAAGCACCUAUGCACAUUCGAUGAUGCCAGGAAUCAUGGACCGCAACCAGAGCGGCUUCUUUGGCAUCUUCUGGAAGUGCGCUCGAAUCGGCGAACGACUGAGUCCAUAUGUCAGUAUAUGCUGCGUGGUGAUGGCCGUCUCGAUCUUCUUCGGCGGCUGA